AUGGAUCAGGAAUCCUCACAAGCGGAGCUAGUCGAGCACUACCGACUGGAAACACGCUUCUGUGAAGCUAGUGUCUGCCACACUACCUUCUCACCCUCCAUUCGCACAAACGAAGAGGAAUGGAGGCGUGCGCAAGUAAUUGGAAGAGGAGGUUUCGGUGUAGUUCACUUAGAGCACGGCCCAAAGAAUCGCGUUCGGGCUGUGAAAGUUAUUGACAAGACGACAUUCCCGCCCGGGUCGGAUUUUACUAGGGAGUUGGCUAUCAUGAGUUUCUUGACAAAGCAUCGUGGGUCGUUGUUCGUUCAGUUCUUGGGCUGGUUCGAGAAUAGCGAAAGUUUGUAUAUCGCUAUGGAGUACUUUGAGAAGGGGGACCUGCGACGGCAUCUCGGUGAACGAAUGUCGGUGCCCACGGUAAAGCUGCUGGCCAGACAACUUCUGGAGGGUUUAAGUUUCAUGCAUAAGAGCGGGAUUGCUCACCGAGAUAUAAAACCCGAGAACAUCUUCGUAGUCUCCCUCUCUCCCCUCCGUGUAAAACUCGGCGACUUCGGCGUAUCAAAGUGCAUCAAUGAACACACCAUGCUUCACACGCUGAUAUUCACGCGUUCAUAUUCUGCGCCGGAAAUCCUGGGAGUGUUAGAUUCCUCGCUGGAGACAUCAGAGUAUACCUGCGCUGUGGAUAUCUGGUCUCUGGGAUGUGUGAUAUUCGAGGCCCUGACCGGGAGCGUACUCUUCCGGAUGGAAUGCUUCGUUUGGCAUUUCUGCUACGGAAAAGCCGAGCUUAUGCUUGAGCCCUUGAGGGAGGCUGUGGAUGGGGAGGAUGGGUUUGAAUUUGCGCAUAGACUGUUGUCGCCGGAUCCUCUGGGGCGGCCGGGAGCUAUGGAGGCACUCCGUGAUCCCUGGUUGAAAGAGCCUAGGAUUAAGGAGGUGAAGGAAGGAGGGGACACGCUUGCCCGCGUUCGAAAGUUGCUACUCCCGAUUCCUCAACGAGUCUUCACGCACAUAUCUCUCUUCAACGGAGUUCUGGAAAAACCCCUAACCCUAUACCUGGGAUCCUGUACUCGUACUAGUACUCGUGGCGGCGGCGGUGGACGAGGGUCCGCCGUGCGCGACUCCAACAAUGCCGCACGUUGGCAUGGGCUCCUCUACGCAAUACUCGUCCGCGGACGUGAAAUUAAUGGAGAACUCACCAAACCGCUGCUACCACUAACCAAAGGUUCCAAAAACCUCCUCGUCUUCUGCCUCAAAGGACUUCUCGCACUGGCAUCUAUACUGCCCGACCGACAGAAAUAUCAUCGGGAUCACUUAGGAGGAACCACCAGCGACGCGAUUGGCUCACUCUUCGCAUCAGCCCUGGGACUUUGGUUGAUGCAGGAGGCGUUCAGGUUGAUCUUCAGGCUACUACUUCCCCAGCAGAGGCUCGUGUCGGUGGGAGAGAAGGGGGGCUCGAGAUUUGCUGAUGUGUUGACCCCGGAUUCGUUGGUUUUCUACUUCUUGGCAGUUGCUUUAGGAGGAGGUUGGAAGAGUGGGGUUGGGACGGAUGGGACGUAUGUUGGAGGAAGGUCUGGGGGGGGCGCUGUUAGGAUUACUGGGUUCGAUUUCGGCAACUAGGGGAUGCGUUGCUGACCUUGUGGGAGUGGUUGGAGAGCUGUGUUGGCUAUGGAUUUGUACUUGAAUUAUUAAGUUCGGGUACUGUACCGUUUGAUGCUGAAAGUCUUGGUUGGGUUUCGCAUCUUUGGGCAGUAAACUGAGAU